AGAAGCAGAGGAAGGGUGGCGGAGAGAGCAAGAGGUGAGCGAGGACGAUAUACUUGGACACGGCGAGGUACAGAGGUAGAGAGCAAGCAAGGACGGCAGCGAACAUGGCGAGUCCUAGUCAGCGGGAGAGCAUGGCGGGCAAGGAUCAUGUGGCCACUGCGCCUGCGGCUAUCAUGGCCGACGCCGUGGCAUCAGCAGCUGCCGCAGUAGGAGCAACACCAUCAUCUCCGACCACUCUCCACAACAGUGAUGGUGGUGAUGGUUCUUGGUCCGCAGGUGGCGAGGAGCCAUCCCAGUCGCCGACAAUGGCGUCGACGUCCGUCUCGGCAACGUCGCCACAGGCGCCCGGAGAAGGACCACAGCCAUCGUCAGCAAGCUCGCAAAGGGGUGAGGGUUCAGCAGCGGGAGCACCGGCUGAAGCAUCAGCCACCAACUCGGCAAAUGGCACCGCUGGGAAGCGGAGGCGGCGGCGGCGGGUGAAGCGGCGGGCGGCAUCGGUGGCUGGGCCUGGUGGCUCGAGCGGGCCGAUGUUGGUCAGUCGGCCGCGGUUGGUGGAUGUUGGGCUCGGAUCGGCAAGUGCCCGCGGGCUGAUCAAGUUCUCGUCGGAGCCAGAAGACUACGAGCUGGAGGAGCAGAUCGGAUCGGGCGCGUCUUCCAAGGUCUACUGGGCAACUUACACGCCGCCCGAGUCUACCAACCAAGUGGUGCGGCUGGCUGACGCUGACGGCCAGUCGCUAGUGCCCAAGCAAGCGAUUCCCGUGGCCAUCAAGGUCAUCCAGCUCGACUCGCUGGAUAUCGACCUGGCGAGGGUCUCCGAGUCGCUCCGCUCGGCGUCCAUCAUGCACCACCACAACCUACUCGAGCAACACACAUCGUUUGUAGUCGGCUCGGAGCUGUGGAUUGUCACCGAUCGCGCAGACAUGGGCUCCAUUCGCGACGUCUUGGUCUCCGUUGCGCCAUCGGGCAUUCUCGACGAGUCUGUCAUUGCCGCGGUCCUGUAUCAGGCGCUCUCCGGGCUAGCCUAUCUCCACGCAUCGGACCUCAUCCACCGUGACAUCAAGUCGUCGAACCUGCUGCUGGCCGCCGACGGCCGGGUCCUGGUGGCGGAUCUUGGCGCAGCCCGGCUCUCAUGGGGAGCGUACUCGCGCUCCCGAACCCUAGCCGGCUCGCCGUGCUUUAUGGCGCCUGAGGUCCUGCAGGUUGUUCUCGAAGGCUCGACUGGGUACGACACCAAGGCCGACAUCUGGUCGCUCGGCAUCAUGGCCAUCGAGCUCGCCACCGGGCAGCCGCCUUACUACAGCGCGUCCAUUCUGCAAAUCAUGGCCGAGCACACAAAGGGCCCUCCGGACCUCAAGUCGACGCUAACCCGGCGCAAGGUCAAGGGCCGCAAGUUCUCGGGCGCUCUCCGCUCGUUUGUCCACUCGUGCCUCCGCAUCAACCCGGCUGAGCGCAAGUCGGCCAAGGACCUGCUCCGUCACAAGCUCUUUGCCUCCGUCCGCCGCCCGACCCAGGCCGAAGAGUGCAUCCGCACCAAGUUCCUUGCCAAGCUCCCGUCCGAAAGCCUGGCACAGCGCUUCCAGCGCAUGCUCAAGGCCGGUUUUACCGACUCGGCCGCCAGCCCGGUCGGCUCGGCCAACAUCGGCCUGUGGCGCAUCGACAGUGCCGAGCUCGACUCGCCCACGGCGAGUGGCGGGACCGGGACGCCGGUGUCGGCGCCGGCCACCGCCGCCCUGGCGUCUGCCGAUCUGCAGGACUUGCUCUUUGACACCUCAGACGUCCACGACGUGUCGUCAGCUACCUGCUGUGACCUCUCGUCGUUUGACUCGGACGCGUCCGACUUUCUCGACGACGCGUCCGACGACAGCGGGUACACCUACACCGACGUAUCGUCGGACGAUCCUGUUGCGUACAUGACACCGACCGCCACGACCUCGGAGAUGGCAUCCGAGACGCCGCUGCGCUCACCGUCCAGCGCCGAGUCGGGCGACGAUGGCACUGCCUCUGACGACGACAAGCCCGACGACGAUGAAGCUCGUGGCACCGGCUCGGGCGACUCGUGGGACGACUGGUAA